GGCUCAGAAAUUUGCGGCGCCUCAUACCCGUACAGAAGUAAAUGACAGCUGCUUUUGCGGAAUAACGGGGUGGGGGUGGGCCUCUGGGCUUUCCAUUAAUUUAAAGCAAACUGCACUCCAGCAAAAUUUCAGAAAAUAAUGAGGGACGCUGUAAAAUAGCAAUUAUUAGCGGAAGCCGGGGAAAAGUGUCCGGGCGAAGAAUCGGACCGCAACAUCAGUACAUGAGUGAGCGAGGCCAGCGGGGCUGCCAGCACGUGCCUGCAGACCUGAGGCUGGCCCUCCCUUCGCUGUAGGAAGGAUGAUUCUCGUGUGGAUGAUGUGUAUUUCUGCCCUCCCCAUCCUGGCCUUCACCUCUUCACCUGUGUCCUGUAAGCUCAAUGCCUGCUCAGAACACGUUUCCUCCCUGGUAGACUCGGUCCAGUGCUACAAUGACUACAGCACGCACAUUCGCUGUACAUGGCCAGAAAGCACAGAGGAACACCAGCUGGAGAAUCUCUCUCUCUACCACAGCGACGCUGAGGGCAGGGAAUCGCCCUGUGUGGCAUACAGCCCUCCUGAAGGCCACCGCGCAGAAAGGUGGUGUCGCUACAACACCACCCGGUUUGUCAAGGGCAUCAAGCAUGAAUUCUUCUUCAAGGUCCCGCUCCCCCCACCGGUGUCCAAGGGGAUGAUCCUGUCGCAACACGUGAAAGUUCGCUCACCCCCAGCUCUGUUCCAGCAAGCCUUGCACAAUGGCAGCAGCUUCCUGUCUUGGCACAACCCCUUGCCCUCAGGGUCAACCCUGUACCCGAAGCUGAGGUACGAGGUCGGCUAUAGGAGGCCUGGCCACGACUGGAUGGUGCUGGACGUUUCACAAACAAAUACGACAAUCAGCAAGGAAUGGCUGGUACCCAGUAGCGAGUAUGAGGCAAGGGUGAGGGCACGGGCGGGUGAGGGCCCGUGGAGCGACUGGAGCCCCCGGGUGCUGUGGCAGACCGAGGAGGCCCCGGGGCCUGAAGGCCCUUCCAACCUUCAGUGUCUGUCUGAUGGAGACGUGACAGUGAGCUGCAGCUGGGAACUGAAGAGGGAGUCUGCUCAGUUCAUCACUUACAACCUAUUGUACCAGCCGCAACGCGACCGCAACAUCACACAACCCCAGAGGUGUUAUGAGACAGUCCUGGUUACCAGUGACUCCCGCGACCCCGUGCUCAGGUUCAGCUGUUCAUUCUCCAUGCCUGUAGAUGAGGAACUCUGGGUUGAGCUCACUCCUGCCCACGUUACUAAGCAGUUUCUCUCUCACAGUCACAUAUAUCCCUCCCCUCCGAGCCCUGUGCACUUGAGACAGGAUGGCCAGGACUGGCUGCUCACCUGGACCAUCCCGGAAUACAACUCCAAAAUUCAACUCUCUCAUGAGGUGCGCUACUGGGACUCUGAAACAAAGGACCACAAAUAUUUCAACAUGUCUGUGCACCUCAACUUGUACCACAUAUAUGGAGCCACCCUGCGCCCUGCUACCCACUACUGGGCACAGGUGCGAGCAGUGCCCGCUGAGUACUUCACGGGCCGACCCUCCGAGUGGACGAAACCGGUGGAGUGGGACACCCCUCCAGGGUCAUGGUCAAUGCCCAAGAUCGUGUACAUCUCCGUUGCGGUGUUGGUGACCAUACUCUUCCUCGGCCUGUAUGUGAGCUUUCCCACUUUCCACAGGUGGUUAGUCAGCUGGGACGUGUCCCUUCCCUCUCCCAUCAAGAGCAAAGUUUUGGAAGGAAUCUUAAAGCGGUCCCAGAGUACAUGGAUAGUGCCCCACAGGGAGGUUGAGAGAGCCCGGAUCUGUUCAGUCCAGGUCCUGGACAACGUCCCUCCUCCCAGUUUCUCAGAUGCUGACCGGUACAGCUUCAGCAGCCUACACUCCGAGUCUGAGGAGAAAAUCCAGCAGGAGAACUCCUCUGUCAGCUUCAACGGGCCAUACCUGCUGUGUCCUGCCAUAUCCAGAUCUCUGGGCUCCCUGGUCAAUGCCGGUGCUCAGGGCGGCACCGAAGACUCCCUGUCCUGGUCUGUCUCACUGGGUUCCCAGCUUGCCCUUUCCCUCCGGGAAUUCGCCACUGGCUACGUCAGGAUUCCAUCGCCUCUCGCCAUCUUGCCAGUGGACAGCAAUGUAGCCACGCAGGGCACUGAUUUUGUGGCAGGUGGAUAUGUAGGCUGCCCACUAGCGGCAAGCGGAACAGCCAAGACAGAGUCAUGGUGCGGACCCAGCUGUGAGCCCCCUGAGUGUGACCCCCCAGCCUACACCCCCACUCCACCUUCCUUCCUCUCCAACGCUCUGGGUCACAUGUCUGAUAACUACUGCCUAACGAAGGGGAGCCAAGCAGAGCAUACUACAGAAUGAAGAUGCACGAACAAGCCAUGCGCUGUCCCUUUGUGUGAAAAUAAGCUAGCAAAAAGGAGAGCAGAGUCGUAUACCACUCGCACAAACAUGUCAGCACCUUACGUAACCAUAUAUUUCAAUAUUACCUUUUAUAGACAACUGUAUUACUAUACGAUUACCAGCUUAUCUGUAAAAACUGGACACUGUGUAUCCUGUUACAUACUGCAUUAUUAUAGAUAGGGCAUUUGCUUCGGCACAUAUCAUUCACUUACAUUUCUCUGUAUUUCAUAAAUCCAUUACAGUUUUUCAUGACUGUCCUGGCACAUCUCUUAAAACCUACUUAACAUUCUCACGAGUAUAACAGCAUUUCUCGAAACAGUUCCUGCACAUGGCACGAGAGUAAGGUUAGGCUGCAACAAACCAAAACAACUGAUGCAUGUCUCAGAAGCAAAUAUCUCCACCAAUUCAUUGGUCGGUGACACCAAGAUGAAAAGUACAGCCAGCAUUGUUUAACCACGAGAGUCGAAAUGCCUAGAUACAUUGUUUACGUAUCUUCCCAAGCGGCACGAUCCUGAAUGAUAGCUGUUUAACACUUUAGCUGUUUUACUGUGGGUGACUGAUCACACAACAGUAUAACAGAAAAACACCAAAACGGUAAUACAAGAAUGAUAAAAUGGCAACAAAAUAAUGUCCUGUGGGGGUCACGUACAAUGCUGUGGUGAUUACUCCUAUUUUUUUGCAAAUGUUGCACUUUUUCUCAGACGCUUUGGAACACUGACAAAUCGUCCUUAACAUUUGCAAAUCAGUAAGUGCAUUUCUCAAAAUAAUUCAUACAAAUAGCCACACAAUUGAUUACCUGCAAAAGCCCAUAACUUGCUCAGAAUCCUUAGUUCAUCUCUUUAAAGUAAAUAUUUAUGGCAAUGAAUGUAUCAGUGCCAUCGGAAUGACAAAUCUUUUUGCCAUUGUUUAAAAACAAUGUAGUCAAAUUGUUUAGUCAUGUUGCCAAUGUGACUCUGUACAAGUAUUUUCUGAUGUAAACUGGCUAAGGUUUUGAUGAUAAUGAUGGAAAAUGAACAAGACUGUACUUAUUCUGUAUGGCAUUUAACAGCUUCAACAGUUACAUGUGCUGUACAUACAGCCGCGGAAAAAAUUCAGAGACCUGCACUCUAUGUUUUUAAACAAAUCUGCAUUUUUAAAUCCUGGUUUAAUUAUGGUUCUGCUGGCAGAAGGCUACACUGAGCAGCAAGUAGCUUCUACAGUAGGUUCAAAAUUUAUAAGAGAGCAGUACUCAAGAGUAAGGUGAAACAAGACCCUGGGAACGACCGGAAACCAGCCAGGUAAAUGGCAGAAGCGUAUCUGUUUUAUGUGUGAAUGAUUGAGGACACAGUUGUUCUACCAAAAUUCAGCUGCAGCCUUCGAUCAGCCUCCGCUAUUGUAAGACUGUGAUUGAGGAGAUGGUCCACAGUUGUGACAGUUGUGAUACAGGAUAUUUUGACAGCAUAUCAAGCAUUUUGACUCUCAUGGUUAAAACGAUACUGGUUGUACUUUUCAUUUUGGUGGGACUGACUAAUUCACUGGUGUAAUUAUGUGCUUUUGAGACGUAACUUAAUUGUUUUGGGUAAGUUACAGGCUUUUGCAGUUAAACCGUACUGUUGUACUACUGUAUACGCAUAAAGUGUUUUGGGAAAUGCUGUUACUGUGCAGUUGUGAGUAUGUGAAGUUUCACAAAAUGUGCCAAAAUAAUUGAGAAAAACUGUAAUGCAAAUGACACAAUAGAGAAAUGCAUAUCUCUGUAAAUAAAGCACCUCAUCUCUG